AUGAUAUUAGCUGCCCUCACUGUCGUUCUCUACUUCAACAUCCGUGAAUACAUCGGCGCGCGGGAUCAGCUCAACCUGCCCAGGGUCGCGGUUGAUCUCGGCUACGCCAAUUAUUCAGGAAAUGUGCUGCCAAGCGGGGUGAAUCAGUUCCUGGGGAUGCGCUAUGCUGCGCCCCCAAUAGGAAACUUGAGAUGGCGAGCACCACAAGAUCCAGAAAAGAAAGAGGGCACAACAGAUGCUAUUGAAUUUGGUUCGAUUUGUCUCGCAACAGACGCGUCUUACCCCACGGCAGGACAAGAUGAAGACUGCUUGUUUGUCAAUGUUUGGUCGCCCAACAACACAACACCAGACUCGAAACUGCCCGUAUGGUUGUUCAUCCAAGGUGGAGGCUACACCUCCAAUGCUAAUCCAAACUGGAACGGCUCUCAAGUGGUUGAAACUUCGGGCAAGAACAUCGUUUUCGUCGGCUUUAAUUACAGAGUUGGUUUGUGGGGGUUUCUGGCGAGUGAGCGGGUACGAAAAGACGGCGAUCUCAACGCUGGACUCCUCGACCAGCGACUGAUGAUGAAAUGGGUCAAGACUCAUAUUUCAAAGUUCGGUGGUGACCCGGAUCACGUCGUCAUUCAUGGAGUCUCUGCAGGCGCCGGCUCAGUCGCCCUUCAUCUCACAGCACACGGCGGAAAGGAUGAGAAGAUGUUUGUAGGAGCCAUGGCCGAAUCCGUAUUUUUCCCCGCCCAGCCACGCGUAAACGAGCUCGAAUAUCAAUUUAACAAGACGACGGAGAACUUGGGCUGCAAAGACGAAAAGGAUCAAAUGGGUUGCUUACGUGGCAAGGACAUCAAGGCGAUACAGGAAGCCAACGCAGGAUCGCCAUUCCCUGGACGACAACUGAACCCGCAUUUCUACUGGACCCCCUGCAUAGACGGAGAUCUCAUUCAAGACUACCCAUACGCCAUGUACGACAAGGGGAAGUUCAUCAAAGUCCCUGUGCUUUUCGGGACUGGAUCGAAUGAGGGAUCUGUCUUCGCAGCAAACGUCGAGACUCAAGAUCAGUUCGUAAACUUCAUGAUAGAUAACUACCCGAAACUCGGUCAGAACCAAACCGACACUAUGCUCGAGAAGUAUCCCAUCCUGCCCGCCCUGCCAAACCAUAACGCCUGGUUUCCCUCAGCGAGCCAAGCAUACGGCGAGACGACGUUCAUCUGCCCGGCCAACAACAUCCUAAACGCCUAUGCUGCCUCGAAUCUGUCGAGCGCGAGUUGGUCCUACCGCUUCAACGUACAGGACGAGACGAACACCGCCUCCGGACUCGGCGUCCCGCACGUCUUCGAGGCCCCGGCCAUCUUCGGCAUCGACGCCUGCCCGACGCCCGACAGCUUCCGCACGUACAACAAGCCCGUCGUGCCCAUCAUGAUGAACUACUGGAUCUCGUUCAUCCGCAACCUGGAUCCGAAUGUGCACAAGCUGGCGGACACGCCGGAAUGGAAGACGUGGGGAGGCAAGAACAACCAGUCGCGACUCGUCUUCGAGAUCAACAACAACCGCAUGGAGAACGUCGACGACGGCCAGAAGGAUCGAUGCGACUUUUGGAAGGGUGCUGCGGAGGUCAUGGAGCAAUAG